AUGAAUCCAAACCCAGCACCAAUGGAAGCCCUCAGCACCAACCUCCCCAACGCGACCAUCCACGCGACCCCAGACUCCUCCGCCAUCAACACCCCAUCCCCAGAGUACGCCUACGCUACCAAGUACGCCGGCCCACCUUUCCCCGUCACCAACACCAACGUCAGCGUAACCCCGAGCACCGCCCGUGGAGGCAACAACUGCAACAUGGUCGGCAUCCCGCGAUGCCAAGAGCCGUUCAACAGCAACAACCACCACCCAGAGUGCUGCAACAUCCCCCGCGUAAACCUCCCAGAGUCGAACUGCCAGAUGGGCGCACAGCACGUCUUCAACCAGCCCCAGCACAGCCACGCGAACGUGGUCCCGCUGGCACUGCUCGGCAGGUGGCCGGCGCUGGUCGAGUGUCCCGGUUGCAGGGGGGUUGCGCCGACGAGCACGAAGCAUGUUGCUGGAAAGGGUUCACACUGGAUGGCUACCAUGUUCUUCUUCACGACCGGCAUCCUCACUUUUGUCCCCUACGUCACGCCCGCGAUGAAGGAUGUCGAGCACCACUGCCUCCGAUGCGGGCGGCACCUCGCUACAAACAGAUUUGGGGGUGGGACGCAGGCCAAGCUGAUGUGA